AUGAGAAUUUCCUGCAUAUUUUUACUCAUAAACAUUCUCGUCAUAAUUAACUUAUUGGCACCAUGUAUGUGCUCAGAGAAUGUGGUUAAGAAGAAAGUCCUAGAUGCGUUCAACGCAAUCAACGAAAAAUUGAAUAACUCUGAUAAAAAAAAGAAGAACGCAAUACUGGCAGGCUCUGCAGCCACAGCAGUUGCCCUCAUAUCGACUUUAAUUGGAGGUGCAUACUUGCUUAAACCCAAACAUAAAAACGAAUUGGAUGAUCCCGAAACGGUUGCAUUCGUUGUCAACCUUUUACUUGAUACCGCAGAUGGUGGAGUUGUUCAAUCACAGAAGGGGUACAUCAUGGGAAAAAACAUUACUAAAACAUUUCCAAGUGAGAAGGAAUUACAAGAAUAUAUAGAGAAGAACAUGAAGGACAGUGAUUCGGACAAGGGCAGUUCCGAGAAGAAGAAUCUUCUGAACUCGAUUGUGCACAUCAACGUAAAUAUUAAGCAACCACCUGGUGAUACUCAAUCAUAA